CAAUUGUGUCGUUAGAUAACAUUAUUAUAUGUCCUGAAGGCCAAUAUUCACUAGCAGUUUGUGUUCCACUGAAAGAAUUCACUUAUCAUGUCCGGACAAUAAUUUUGUAUGACGUGAUAUACUGAAAAAAACAACCAUGCUGGAAUCCGAACAGAAUGAAACUAUUAAAUGCGUAAGUCCGUCUAUCAAGGUCGUGUAAACACACCUGAGGUAAUUUUAAACGAGAGGUGUGUAACGGAGUCGAAAUUACUAUGUAUGGUGUUGCUAACUUGUUCUGUUUUCUUUCUAUUUCAGGGCGAUCAAACACAAACGCUCUGCAAGCCGAGGAACAAACCUUGAAUGCCCUAAACCUACAAGAUGACUCAUAGACAUUGGUACACUACCCCUACCUAUUCCUGUGAAUCCCCCGCGAAUUUCAAUUAAAAAAAAAUAAAAGUGCCGUGACAACAGCCUCCUGUUCUGUGUUGGUGUGGGGCGUUGAAUUAACCUUGUGUGUUGUAAUUUAAGAUUCUCUUCGCUCCUUGGUGACUGCUGAAAACACGUGUUACAGGUUUAUAGCUGAAAGCUGCGCAGUUGACUAAAUUUUGAUGUCUGACUUAGCAGUAUGCCGCUUUGCGUACGAUGGGGUUGUUACCGCAGUUCUAAAAAUAUUGGAAUCAGAUGGGGAAAAAUCGUUGAUUGACCAGGUUUCAUUGUGGACUUUUUUUUAACUCUGGAAUCAAUACUUGCAGGCCGGGCGAAAUCCUCUUCAUUGGGCGGCUUGUGGGGGUCAUUUAGAGUUGGUAAAAGUUCUUUUAACUAGAGGUUUCGAUAAAGAUUGCAAAGAUCAGUCUAACUGGACUCCACUUAUGAUUGCUAUUUCCGCUGGACGUGGUAAUGUAGCUUCAUAUCUUAUAGAGCAAGAACAUGCUGAUGUAAAUGUAAUAAAUUCGACAGGUCAGUGCUGUCUUCACUAUUGUGCUUCUAAAAAUCGUCCUCAGAUGGCCAAAGAGCUAUUAAAUGCUGGUGCGAAACCAGACGUAAAAGAUUGGGGAGGAGUUACACCGCUUCAUCGUGCAAUCGCCACAGAAAACCUAGAUAUAGCCAAACUUCUUUUAGACCAUACAGUUACUGAAAAAGAUGUUGGUAAUGAAGAAAGCUGCAAUAAAAUGUUUUCAACGCUUGUUGAUUUAACUGACAAACAAGGCCAAACACCUCUACAUUAUGCAUGCGAAGAAGGCAAUUUCCAAGCUGCAACUUUACUAAUGAAUUAUGGUGCCUCUAUAAAUCAUAAAGAUACAGAUGGCAGAACACCCGUAGAUGUUGCCCCGGACCAUUUGCGAAUGAAUUUAUUAAAACUAUUAAAAUCCAAAUAGAAAAUAAUCCAUUUAUGCAUAUCCGUUUAUUUCC